CGAACAAAAAAUAAGGAAGUUAAAACAUAUAUGUAUUUACGUGUUAAAAUUAGUUUACUGUUUCAAUUUGAACAUCAACAAAAAACAUGGUCAAUCGUGCUAGAAGUAAUUCAAAGUCGCAAUUAUUGUCAGAACAGGAAAAUGCAUUUGUCUUCAAUUUUCUCGGAAAAGGAUGCUUUACACUAGCAACAUGUGUUGCACAGCUGUUCGUGGUUCAGUGUCAGAAACGCGAACGUAAGUGGAUCAAGCAUUGUUGCGGGGUAGUAUGUUUUGUAAAGGACAACCCGAAAAAAUCCUACUUUAUACGUCUAUAUGAUAUACAGAGGCAGGAGCUAUUAUGGGAGCAAGAGAUUUAUACCAAAUUCAAAUACAACACACCCAGGGAAUUCUUCCAUACAUUCGAAGCACAUGACUGUCAUGUUGGACUGAACUUUGCCAGUGAAGAUGAGGCUGAAAAUUUCAAGAACGUUCUCGAGGGAAAGCUAUUUGAAAGACAAGCAAAAAGGCUAGAGAGGGAGGAAAGAAAAAUCGAAAAUAAACAAGUGACAAUUGAACCCGCUGACGAAACAACGAGGACAGUUUCAGUCCCGGAAGCUGCACCUACCAUAGACACUUCACCCUCAGAAACAGAAAAGAACAAAUUAGAUAAACUACCCAAAGUGAGAAAAAGGAACACGAAGAAAAAACUCACAAAAGAAGAUAUAGGUGUACCUACAGAUUUCAGACAUGUCAGUCACAUGAGUUGGGGAAUGGAUGAUGGGCCGCAUAUGGAUCGGUUAGAUUCGGACAUGAAGGCAUUGUUAGAGCAGAUCGGUAUCAGGGAAAAAUCACAGGUAGAUGAAGAUACUAUGGAUUUCAUUUACCAAUUUGUCGACAAACAUGGCGGCGCUAAUGCUGUAAGAGAGGACUUUGCCUGGCAUAUUCCCGCUGAACCUUCGCAACGAGCUGGUGAAACAGUGGAUAUUACAAAAAAUCUCCCAGCAGCUCCCUCACAUUCGGUUGGUGCACUGACGAAUAUUACGCAACUCCCAGUAGCUCCUUCGUAUCCGGCUGAUAAAUCGACUACUCCUACUAGAAAACUUCCUGCAGUCCCAACAGGAGCUCGCCUGAUACCACCGCCUGGAGUCAAGGUACUCGAUGUUACGUCUGUCACCAGACCGCCACCUCCGUCAACUCUGCGCACUAGGCCUCCUCCAACUGCUGGUUUCAAGCCUCAGCCCCCAACAACAAAACCUCCUCCACCAGCUUUAAAACCUCCUUCUAUAUUAAAACAUUCACAUCAGAUUGAUAACAAACAAAUUCCAGACCAUUCUACAACAAUCCAAACUCCUUCACCAUCCCAAAAUGAUCCACUUUCUCCAGCUUAUACACAAGAUUUGCAAGCUGUUCCAACAUCAUCAAACAGCCCGGCGCAUCCAGCAUUACCAGAUAUUUCGAGUCCGUUUGAUUCAGCAAACAUGCAAGCUACUCCCAAAUCAUCAAGCAUCCCAGCUGUUACAUUAUCAGAUAUUCCGGCUCCGCUUGAUUCAUCAGAUAUGCAAACUUCUUCCACAUCAGCAAAUGUUCCUUCACUCUCAUCAUCAAAUUCACCGGCCCUUCCCACACCACCAGAUAUACCAGCUCCCCCUAUAUGUUCUCCCCCGGUUGCCAUUUCUCAUACCCUUGCAGAAAAGCAAUUACCAGCUGCAAAUAAUUCUAGGGCGGGUCUCUUAAAUGAAAUCCAUACCUUCCAGGGGGCAACUUUGAGGCACGUACAGACUAAUCAACAAAGUUCAAAGAGGGAUGGAUUACUUAUUCAGAUUCGAAAUGGAGCAACAUUAAGUCACGUUGACCAGUCGGAGAAGUCAUCUCCCGCCAAAAGAGGAAGUAUAGCUGCAGCACUGAUGUCCCAGCUCUUGAAAAGAAAAUCGAAAAUUCAGUUUUCAGAUAAUGAGUAUAGCAGUGAUGAAUUUGAUGACGACUGGGAUGACGAUUAGCUAAAACUCAGAUGAUAUAUUUAAUGUGUUUGCUGGAGAUGUUAUAGAGAUUUAAACGUUGAAAAUCAGUGCAUAGAAAACUCUUUUUCUCACCUCAACACGAUCGAUAGAAGAUCUUGUUACUACCACAGUAUUGUCAAAACUUGCAUUAAAAACAACAUUCAUCCAGUGUUCUUGGGGCCGAAAUGUGGUCCCAUUUUCCUCUCUAAAAAGAAUAUUCACCCCCCUCCCCCCCCCCCCCCCCACCACUCCGUCCAACCCAUCAACCCUACUAUAAGUACUACUUAUUCAUAACAUUUUCAACACAAUAUAUAACACAAGGAUAAGAAGAGAAUCGUAUAGUAUUGCAAUGGGCUCAUAAAAUUAACGCUUUAACUUUAAAAUUAUUGUAUAACAUAUUUGUAUAAUUUUGUCAUGACUAACACAUACUGUUAAAUCUAUAUAUUUACAUUGUAAAUGUUUUUUUCUUUAUCUCUUAUUAUGAAUAAUUAGUUACGUUUGACAAAUUCUGAAUCACUUACGUUGAUCUCUAUUAUGUAGUUUAUCUGUAUUUGCUUAACUGUUACAGCAAUUUAUAUGUUUAACCUGUAAAUGAUUUACAAUUUAAUCUUUGUUUUAUCAACUCGUCUAACAUUUCAUUUCGUAUAUAAAUAUUAUUAAGUUGUUUAACAUUGACCUGUACAAUGAGGCGGGGCCUCCGUGGCCCUCAUCGAUGUGGGUUCGAGCCUCACUCGGGGCAUUGAAUUCUUCAUGUCAGGAAGCCACCCAGCUGGCUUACGGAAGGACGGUGGUUCUAUCCAGGUGCCCGCUCGUGAUAAAAUAAUGCACGGAGGGGCCCCUGGGGUCUUCCUCUACCAUCAAAGCUGGACAGUCGCCAUAUGACCUACAAUUAUGUCGGUGCGACGUUAAACGCCCCCCCCCCCCCCCCCCCUCCAACAAAAUAAAUAAAUGUACAAUAAAAAAAACUUACUAGUAGUGCUAGACGAACCGAUAUUCAAGUCCAAUCUGGCAUGUCAAACGAUGUUAAAUUAUACACUUGUGUUAUUAAUAAUGUAUAUUCGUAAAUGUUACUCAAUGUAUUGGUAUUCAUAUUAACAACUUUGUUAUUUUUAUUUUGUAUUUCGUUAUUCUUUUUAUAUACGUUGUUAUUGUAAUUGUUUGUCUGAUAUUCACAUUCAAUGUUUCGUUAUUGUAAUUUCAUGUCCGUGAUUGUUAUAUACGCCCUCGUGAUAUAAUUCCUUCGCAUCUGAACUCCAAACAUUGAUUUAUUCAGCGACAAAUCGACGCCCCAGAAUUAGAAGGGCGUAAGUGGAAAAUCAUACUUUUCGGCAAAACGAAAAAAACUGUCUAUGACAGAUACGCCCUUCUAAUUCUAAGGGCGCAAGUGGACUUUUCUGGUACAACAAUUAAGUGCAGAUACGCCCUUCUAUUACUAGGAUUCUGAAAAACUUAUCACUUACGCCCUUUUAUUAUUGGUGAAUUUGGUCAACACAGCAGUUUGUGACGAAAAUUUUUUUUUUACAGAAUUAUGCACCUUGGUGUGUAGUUUCAAAAAAUGUAUGAUUCGUAAAAGGGCGUAACUAACACUUACGCCCUUCUAAUUCUGGGGCGUCGAAAUCACCGAUGAGAUAUAUUAUUUCGAUUCUAACACGUUAUCAAGAACUUUAAAGUACACCCUUGUCGGCAUGCAUUAAAUACUUGCCCGUUUUCAGUCGGGUUCUUUUCCAGCGCGCCACUACGCAGCUUGACGCUAUGACGUAAUUGUUGUGACGUCAGACGUCAAUAAUUCACUGUUUCCAGCCUUCUCUGUUUAAUAGGAAAAUGAAUCGGAUCGUGUUAGAAUCAAUAUUACGUUAUUCUUAUUGUUAAACUGUUGUAUACUAUCUGAUUCAUGUUGUAUAUCUGAUAUCCAUAUUCAAUAUUUCGUUAUUCUUAUUGAAAAGGUCGUUAUUUUAUCCGUAGGACAUGAAAAUAGGAAGCGACAGACCCGCCCGCACUCUGAGAGACAUGUUGUUUUAACCAUGACGAGAACUGACCUAGAUUUUAACCAUGUAUCAGUAAAGCAGUCUGUCACUUCUGACUAUUGACAAUAAAUAACAAAUGCUGAUUGAAUGGGAUGAGGCCGUGACUUUUAUUAUUAUAAUAUCAUUACAGAAAAUUAAUGAAAUAUCAUGGCAUAUUGUAUGAGAUAGAAGUAUCAUGAAAUGAAGCAUGAAAUGAUAGAUUUCUAGCCAAAUUGCAUAGAAACAAAAUAGGCAACACUAUGAUGCUGAAGCUCUAAAUUGCAAAUUUUGCUAGCAAAUCCAGCUGCCGAAAUUCCGAGGCCAAGAUGCUCAACGAAUUCUCAACAUCAUGAUAAUGGAUUUAAAGGAAACAAUUCGGUGCAUGUGCAAGAGAAUAUAUAAUUAGAAUAAAACUGCCAAAUAGA